ACAAUAUUUAACUCACAAAACGCUCUUUGCAAACUAAAUUCAUUAGCAGUAGGCUAGGCUAUCCUUACUGAUAAAGCACAGCUUGUCCUAUCUUUUACUGUCUAUGGUCCUGACACGCUUGAGUGAUGGCCAUAAAAGCCUGUAUCUAACAACUACAGAUUGACAACACACAGGGGACUAAGUCCACAUGUGGCUGAUUGAUUAGAGAUGGCCUGGGUAGGUGGUCUGACACCAGCACAGACAGAUAAGCCCUCAGACAGGAUGUUAGGUGAAUUUCACCUGUGAGAAAACAUGUCAGAAAAUAUCCAUGCUUUAGUGGUGAUUCUGGGGAUAUGGAUAAUAUCAGGUGCCUUCUCAGAAGUCUCAAUCAUUGGACUGCCAGCGAAUACAAUGUUGCCAGAGAACAGUCCUGCAGGCACAGAUGUCUUCAGCUUCCAGAUGUCCUUCUCUGCUGGAGAGAGCAUGGCAGCAGGAUUCCCCAGACUACUGAACUUUAAUCCUCUCACCAAUGCUUUUGCUGUGUCUAUGGAGAAUACCACUCAUGCUAAGGUCUUUGUCACUGGCUCCCCUGACUUGGAUUUUGAGACUGUUCCCAAUCGCUUCAUUUUCGAAAUCCUUGCAGUUGGCUCCUUUGGGAAUGGUGACCGUAAAACACUGACUGUGCUUCUCACAGAUGUUGAUGAGCCUCCAGUUUUCCUGGAUGAAGCAUCAGUCCUGUAUAUCCUGGAAAAGACACCUCCAGGGCAGAUUUAUGAACCAAGUGUUUCUGAUCCAGAGGACAAAACUCUUAUGUUUAGUCUCAUUCCUGUGAACCCUGCAUUCAGUGUUGAUGGAAGUAAAGGCACAGUUUUUACAACAAAGGAGUUCAAUUAUCUAACAGACCCAAGAAGUUACUCACUCAACAUUUCAGUAAGUGAUGGGAACAAUACAGCACUGCGACCACUAAUCAUCAAUAUAGUGAAAAUCAAUGAUGACAAACCCAUUUUUUUAAACACCAUCACAUCUUUCACUCUCCCAGAAGAGCUUAGCCCAGGACAUAUUGUGGCCAACAUCACUGCAGUUGUGCCAGACGUCUCUCUUUAUGUUGGACUUAUAUUCUACACCAUCAGUCCGAAUGACUAUCUUGAGAUAAAUGGAUACACAGGGUUAGUCACCAUAGCAAACCGAAUGGAUCGUGACAGUGACACACUCAGAAAUACCCCUACAGUAGCUGUGACUAUCACAGCAACAUACCGGUCCCCUGGCCCUCCUCUCUUCAGCUCCAUCAUCCUGACUGUCACAGUGUUGGACAUCAAUGACAACCCACCUAUCUGCACAUCUGACAAACCACGAAGAGAAGUACCUGAGACAGAGGCUAAAGGGGCUCUAAUUGCCACAGUCACAUGCACUGAUAAUGACGUGGAACCUGAGUUUAGGGAAUACAGCUUCACCAGCUUCUCCUGCACAGGGUGCACCCAACGUUUUGCCCUCACCUCACAUGGCGCCAUUGUGCUAAAUUCAAGUCUCAACUUUGAGGAUCCUAGCAACGUAAACAUUGCCAGUGAAUACAACCUUUUAGUUGUGGCAACAGAUAAGAAUGAUACCUCAUUAAAGGGUGAUGCUUAUGUGUUUGUGAGUGUGACACCAGUCAACGAAUUCCCCCCAAUAUUCAAUUCCACAACAUACUUCUUCAGUGUUUCUGAGUUACUUGGACGGGGCGCUGUAAUUGGCUCUGUUGUUGCCACGGAUAAGGACCUUCCCCCAACAGAUAUCCAGUUCUCACUUGUGUCAGGCGGGGGCAGUGGAGGUCUGACAAACAUCUUUCAUGUAGACCCCAAACUUGGCAGGAUCAGCCUGCUUACCAACCCUGACUAUGAGGUCACUCCAUCACACACAUUGGUCAUCCGCGUGGUGGACGGGGACCCAUUCAGGCCUCUCUCAGCCACAGCUGUGGUCACAAUCAAUAUCACAGAAGCAAAUGAUGAGCCACCAUUGUGUGGUCCCAACAAAACCAGCCUGGUGGUCCCCGUUGACAUGCGUCCAGGAUCCAGUGUCCAAGGCUUCAUGCUGUCAUGCACAGACAGAGACUCCCCUCCGUCUUCCUUCAUCUACACAAUCUCAGGGGCCACCAAUGUAAACAACCACUUUGGCUUUUCUCCUAGCGCGGGGACAAACAUCACACGGCUGAUUUUUAGGGAGCCUUUUGACUUCAGCAGUGGCCUAGAUAAGUUGUGGUGCUACAGUCUGACCGUGCUGAUCUCCGACGGCAACCUACGAGCUAGCCGUGCCCCCCGGACCGGCACCAUCAUCAUCAACGUCCGGGUGGUGGACCCUGACCUCACCACCACCAUAACAACAACAACACCGCGUAUCACAUACAUCGAUGUGACGCGGAACACAUUUGAUGCGGAUGAUUGGUAUGUGUGGUUCGUCACUGUCCUGGGGGCACUUCUGCUCGUGGGCAUCUUGGCAUAUCUGCUGUAUAGAUGCUUCAGAUAUCUCUCAACUAAAGAGUGCAACUGCACCUGUGACUGCUGUGAGUCCAAGUACAUGGAGGAUGAAGACACCCUCAUUGAAUAUAAAGAUCCUCCAAAACGUGAAGUAUUGACGGAGGUGACCAAGAUCAACACCGUAUUUGAUGGAGAGGAAGUCGAUCCAGUCACGAAGAGGGUGUAUGAAUACAACAGCAAAUCUGGUGCCCGUCGCUGGAAGGACGCUACUGUUGUGUCCAGCCCGUCAGAGACUCAGCCAGAGAGCAGCACUUUGGUCAUCUCCCAGAGGGCGGGCACUCCAGCGCAACCACCAGGCAGUGCCCAGUCCGAAUCCUCAAACGCUACCAGGCUAGGCUCUGCCCAGUCGGUGGAUUCGAUGCAGACGUCACUGACCUCUGGUCAGCACCAGGCUGUGCAACUACCUAUGAGGUCUAGACCAAAAGUCAAGCCAGGCAUGGUCCCACUGACAGCUGAGGGUAUGUCAGAGGUGUAGUCAAGUAGCAUUGACAGAAGUCACUCCGCAUUUCAAUGACUGGUAUUCAGUAUCCUGGCAAAGGUUAAUUCAGUUUUGCCUAUAACUACAAAUGAGAGUAUAAUCAGGUUAAAUGAAUACAGUUUGUUGAGGUACCAUAGCACGUU